UGUAGACAGAAAAACCUGUGCGGAUGGAUUCAUCGAUUGGUUCAAUAAUGAAUUGAAGUAUCUUCAUUACUGUGCGUCUUUGUCUGCUCCAAAUAUUUUCCCAAAGCACUCUGUGUGGAAUUGGGAGUUCAAUGAAGAAUUUGACAGAUAUUUUCCUACUUAUAUGGAAAUGCUGCAUGAGGUGGAUACAAUGAACGACUGUCUGGAGCGUAAACUUUUAAACGGUAAUGCUCUUCUUGAGAGAUUAAAUCCAGAGUUUAAGGCAAAGUAUGCCAUUAACAGCUUGCAACAUCCUCAUUUGCGAAUCAUGUCCCGUAUGCUACGGAGAAAGCAAACUGAUUGUCCGGAUGAUGUUAUGGAUUGUCUUGAGGAAAGCUGUCAUCCACAAUCUGACCUUUGGCAAGGUUAUGCACUAAGGGCAGUUGAUAUUUUCCUUGAUUCGUUGUUGAUUUUCUGGGAGCCUCAGUUUCAUCCCUUGAUACGCGAGAGCCACAAGAAGCUACUGCUAACAAGUGCCCGUGAGUUAGCUGAAGGGUGUGCAAUUAUUCAGCCAUUGGAACCUGACCCUGAUGAUUUCUUGGCGCAUUUGCGGCCAUAUGCAUCGGUAUACUUCGAGAGUAAGAAGGAACAGUCUGGGUAUUAUACAGCUAAAAAACAAGUACGUCUGCAUGAAGAGUUUGAUAAUUAUAUGGAUAAUUAUUUGGCGACAUGCACACGGGAUGAUGCUAUUGACUUCUCUUCUUUCAUGGAAAGUGCUCGCAGAGAUGAUGAGAGUGGUCAGUUUGAAGAACUGGAUAACGAUCUUGCCAAAAUGUCCUUUGAGCGAAUGACCAAGAUUGCUAAGCGGGAACACGAAAUGAACGGUUACACUCAGAGCUUGAGAGAUCUUAAUGAUGAGGUGAAAGGUCAACUUGCAAGUUUGAUGGAUCUGCUGGAUGAAGAAGGCUUUUUCAGUAUUGAUUCUUCUUCUAUUGAUUGGGAAAAAGAAUCGUUUAAGAAAUUAUUGGAUACAUUUAAUGCUUUGACUGGGCAUUGCUUUGAUGGAUGUUAUGCAAUCCGAGCAAUAAUGGAUCUUCAAAAAUUCUUACCAAGAAAGGAUGAUGAUACAUCUCAUGACGCUGUUAAAAUGGUUGAUUUUGCAAACGAGGCGUGGAAGGGAAAUCUUGAGCAUUUUUGGAGGGACACAAGGCAUUAUGAACAUAAAUACUACGACAUGCUUAGACAACCUCUUGAGAAGGUGUUCAAAUCAAGUGAGUUUGUACCGAUGAGGCCUACGUAAUAGGAUCACAUAAAUUGCAGAUAUCUGAUUCUGGGGAAAUCAGAUCGAGCAACACAAGUUCAGGGCAGAAGAUGCUAGUAAUUUUCAUGGCACACCCUUUUUAGCUAUUUGUUCGUUUAGAGCAUCUUUUUCAUGGGGCAUUUAACAUGCUGCUCUGGGUAUGGAUUGAAUUCUGCGAAACGUUGUGUUGCUGGACGAUCACCUAAUAGCUCGGUGUUGUGUUCGCACGGAUGCCUCUGGAUUAAUUUUUGGAGUUGUGCACUUGUGCUCACUGCCCAUUCAAAUAUGUGUAUAAACCAAGGAUUAGAUUAUAUGUGUAUGGAA